UCACGGCUUUAUUUGAACAUCUUUCAGUCCUAAAAGAUUUCUUUUCAGAGUUAACUGAGAUCAGGCUCAGCUACACCUGACCUUCUGAUGGGUGGAAAGAAGCAAAGCCAGAGGAAAAGGCUCCGGGAGUGAGAGGAAGAGAUGUGAAGAGCCCAGAAAGAGACCAGAAAUCUGCUAUUUUUAAUGUGAACGCAGCAUCAUGAAAACCCUGCUGCCAAACUGGCACGAGAGCAUCAGACUGCUGCUCCUCUUUAAUGUCUUCAACCACCAGGCCACCAGCUCGCUGCUUGAAAGUCUCAUUUCUAAGCGCUCUGAGUACUCGGAGAACUGCAGCAAAACCCUGACAACAGAUGCAUUUCCAAAAAAUGGAAACUUCUGUAAAGGAUCCUUUGACAUGUUUGUUUGCUGGCCUCAUUCCCCUCCUGGUAACGUGUCCGUUCCCUGUCCUUCUUUCUUACCGUGGAUCCGUGAAGAUGAUACCAGGAUGGUGCAUCGCGAAUGCUUGGAAAACGGCAGCUGGCGACUGCUGCGGAACUCCUCCGAGCCCUGGCGGGAUAAGUCUGAGUGUGUGAAGGAGGAUCACUUCAAAGACAAGGAGGAUGAAAUGCUUCGUCAGACAGCACUGAGGCUCAUCUCCAUCAUCGGUUAUUCCCUGUCCCUGUUCUCCCUCACUCUGGCCACGCUCCUCAUGGGCAUGCUGAGGAAGCUCCACUGCACCAGAAAUUACAUCCACAUGAAUUUGUUCAUGUCGUUCAUCCUGAGGGCCGUGGCUGUCAUUUCCAAAGAAACCAUGCAGCACAUCUGGUAUUCCAACCUACCCGACGACAGCCCAGGAUGGAACUCCUACUCCAGCUCUGCGAUUCUGAUGUGCAAGCUCUCCAACGUGUGCAUGGAGUAUUUUGUGGCCUGCAACUACUUCUGGCUCUUGGUGGAGGCCAUUUUCCUUCACACGCUGCUGUUCACUGCUGUGCUGACCAAGAGGUGUCUGCUAAAGAAGUACAUGCUCCUGGGAUGGGGGGCUCCUGUCUUGUUUGUGACACCUUGGACUGUGGUCAAGAUCCUGUAUGAAAACACAGGAUGCUGGCCAGUAAUGAACAUAUGGUUCUGGUGGAUAAUAAGAGGCCCGAUUACUUUAUCAGUGCUGGUUAUUUUCUUCAUAUUCAUCAAGAUUCUGAUGCUGCUGCUGUCAAAGCUGAAAGCAGACCAGGUGAAAUUUACUGACUACAGAUACAGCUUAGCCAGAGCAACACUGGUGCUGAUUCCCCUGCUGGGAAUCCAUGAAGUGGUCUUCACAGUGCUGAUAGAUGAAUGUGUGGAGGGCAGCAGCCGCUAUGCUCGGAACUUUGUCAACCUCACCCUCAGCUCUAUCCAGGGGCUCUUGGUUGCUGUGCUGUACUGUUUUGCUAACGGAGAGGUCCAAGCUGAACUGAAAAAACACUGGCAACUUUACUUGUUCACCAACCACUUCAAGGUCAGAUCCUGCUUUCGAGGAGCACCCCUGAAGCACCUGUGGAAAUGUACUCGAGGGCAGCACCCUCAGUGCUCUCGUCGGUGUAACUCCUACGACGAGGGUGGCGCUUCCACCGCUCACCCCCGCCUGCUUCAGGUGGCUGUGCAUGAAGGUGAAGCACUUGGAAUCGGAGAAAUUAAAGGUCAGAGGCUGAAGGGCUAUCAAGCACCAGGGCUGGACUUUCUCACCAGGAAAAGUCUCUCCAGCAGCGAUGGUGAGAUGACACUCGGAGAGACCAUGGAGGAGAUUCUGGAGGAGAGCCAGUUCUGAUCUCAUAAAACACAAAAUGAUUGUUUGAUUUUAGUACACUCUGUGAACUUCCAACACCAGAUUACCAGCUUGGUAAACUGGCACCAGGACUCUCAGGGGGCCUUGACAUAUAUAUGAGUCAGACGGUGUAAAAAAUGAGGCUCCUCUGGUUCGUCUUAAUGCUUCAAAUGUGACGAGCAAGAAUCAACCAGAGUGAAGUCAGACAGAGUCUUUAACUACUGCAAGUUACUGCUUCUUCUCUAGUUGCCAUGGUUAUAUACCUGGGCAUAUAGAACAGUCUCCUCUGAAGGAGAUUAGAGCCAAAGCACAGCAGAGAGGGAGGGGAAGGGGUGUCGAAGGUUACAAAGCUCUCCCAUCAGUGAAAUAUUAACUUCCCAUGCACUUUUUUACCCAUGCAAUCUUUUUAAAUUCUUCUUGUACUAUAGAUGGGUUCUGUUUAAAAAUCUACACAUUUACUACAUACAUACUCUUUAUUUAAUUCCACAAAUAUUCACAAAUAUUCAAACUAGCUUACCAGCAAAAAAACUUUGUUGGUGGUUUUGCUGGCAUGAUGACUCCAGAAGGGCUAGUGUUGAAUCAGUAUGUGUCAAAUGUUGUGACUGCAGUCCUACACACGUUUUACUUUUCUCAGUCACUAAUUGAUCACUUCACUUUAAGAAAUACAAAAGCAUCCACACAGAAGAGUGAUCCUGCAUUGGAGAGGAUUGUGGCUGACUGUCAUGGAUAAAUUGAUAAAAUGACAGAACUGAACAGCAGUUGAUAACUGAAAUCUAAAAUAUAUUGUAAAACAGAAAUAUAACAGUUUUGUAAUUUUAUAAAGGAAAUGUAUUUAGGGCUUUUUAUGCUGAAUAUUAAAUUUGCAUGCUAACAGAGCCUUCUGUCUGUCCUCUGAGAGCUUGUGGAUGUGUAACCGAAUGCAACAAAAGAAGCAGGAACACUGGAAAUGGUGGAGGUAGUAUUGCAUUGUAUAGCUCACAGGGAAUGAAGAAGAAGUAAUGUAUUUAAUGGCAGCACAGAUCGCCGCCAUCUUUCACGCUGCCUCCUUCUAAGUCUCUUUCUGAGAAAAAAACAUGCUCUCGUCCACCAUCAACAUGUGGAAUUCAGAAGUAAAAU